AGUAUGUCUUUCACCGAGCGCUGCAGCAGCUUUUGCAGACACGCCACGCGGCGGUAUAGGUUUGAAGGCUGGCAGGGCGAUAUUUCUGCAGAAUAUUUGGCUUGCACGCAUCGGAUCCACGCGUUCGCGCUAGGAAGCCUUCAAAAACAAGGGAGAGCAGACAGUAGCAUCUGCGCGCAUAUCGCGCGCGAACAGCUGCUCGCAAGAUUCAAUAGCGAUCGCGUUGGUGCUUCAAGAUCGCAUUAGCGCUUCAAGAGUGCAAAGCAACGCUAUCAUGGCGCCCGGUGGAUCGCGUCGCACUGCACGCUCAACACUCAUCAAGCUGCUCAAUUACCACUGGGUGCUGCUGGGUCCCGCCAACAUUUUCAAGGUAAGCUACGUGAAUAAGCCAAGCCCCGCCGCGAAAUUCGUCGUCGUGCCGCCGGCGGAGACGUGCCAGGCGGAUUGCAAGAUCGCGCGCAUGUGGGCGUGCUUGUUCUGGGGCCUGCAGACGCUCGUGGUAGCCCGUGCACAAUCCAAAUCAUUGCGUCGACCUCACGCUAUCGACGCGUCUCUCACCACUCGACUCUAUUCCCGCGCAGGUCGCCGCGGCGAUCGUGCAAAAUAAAAUAUCCGACGAAGCCGCGGCGGCGGCGAAGCUCUACGUCGGGGUGGCGCUCGUCGUAGCCUUUGCGUCGGACGUUGUUCGCGAGCCGGUCGCGUGCGCCGGCGGCAUCGAAAUCGUAUGCGGGGUGCUGCUGCUCCUGCGGGCACGGGAGGCGCGUGAGUGGGCGGAGACGCGCCGUCGACUCGUCCGGGAGGGAACCCUCGCGAAGGAUAAGUAAUGUGUCUUACUCA